AUCCCUACUAAACAUUCUGUUUGGUUUGGAAUUGAAAACUAAAAAUGGUUUUAUCAAAAACAGCUUCGGAUACUGAUGUUUCAGUUCACUCGACUUUUGCUUCUCGAUAUGUUCGAACAUCUCUUCCAAGGUUUAAGAUGUCGGAAGACUCAAUCCCGAAGGAAGCUGCAUAUCAGAUCAUUAACGAUGAGCUGAUGUUGGAUGGAAAUCCUAGGUUGAAUCUUGCUUCGUUUGUCACAACUUGGAUGGAACCUGAAUGUAAUAAGCUUAUUAUGGAUUCUGUUAAUAAGAACUAUGUCGACAUGGAUGAAUACCCUGUUACUACUGAACUUCAGAACCGCUGUGUGAAUAUGAUUGCGCAUCUCUUCAAUGCACCACUUGGAGAAGAUGAAGCUGCAGUAGGAGUUGGGACCGUUGGAUCUUCAGAGGCAAUAAUGCUAGCUGGUCUAGCAUUCAAGAGGAGAUGGCAAAAUAAGAUGAAAGCUCAGGGUAAAUCAUGCGACAAACCCAACAUUGUCACUGGUGCCAAUGUUCAGGUCUGCUGGGAGAAAUUCGCUAGGUACUUUGAGGUGGAGCUUAAAGAAGUAAAACUUAGUGAGGGUUAUUAUGUCAUGGAUCCAGCAAAAGCUGUUGAAAUGGUGGAUGAGAAUACCAUCUGUGUAGCUGCAAUCCUCGGUUCAACCUUAAAUGGAGAAUUCGAAGACGUUAAGCUCUUGAAUGAUCUCUUGCUUGAGAAGAACAAGCAAACUGGAUGGGAUACCCCGAUACAUGUUGAUGCAGCGAGUGGCGGGUUUAUUGCACCAUUCAUAUAUCCAGAAAUAGAAUGGGAUUUCCGUUUGCCUUUGGUGAAAAGCAUAAACGUCAGUGGUCACAAAUAUGGCCUUGUAUAUGCUGGGAUUGGUUGGGCGAUCUGGAGGACAAAAGAAGACUUGCCAGAGGAACUCAUUUUUCAUAUCAACUACUUGGGUACUGAUCAACCCACCUUUACCCUCAACUUCUCCAAGGGUUCCAGUCAAGUUAUCGCUCAGUACUAUCAGCUUAUUCGCUUGGGUGUUGAGGGUUACCGUAACAUCAUGGAGGCCUGUGCAGAAAAUGCAAUAGUACUUAAGACAGGGAUCGAAAAGAUUGAUCGAUUCAACAUUGUGUCGAAGGACAAAGGAGUUCCAUUGGUAGCAUUCUCUCUGAAAGACCAUACACAUUACACUGAGUUUGACAUAUCGGAUAUGUUACGCCGUUUUGGAUGGAUCGUUCCUGCUUAUACAAUGCCAGCGGAUGCGCAACACAUUACCGUUUUACGUGUUGUCAUUAGAGAAGAUUUUUCGCGCACCCUAGCAGAAAGGCUUGUUAUGGAUAUUUCAAAAGUUUUGCAUGAACUCGAUAGCGCGUCCGCAAAGCUUACUGUGAAGAUUAACAAGCAGAUAUCCGAUGAUUAUGAGAAAAAAGUUCAAGAAAAUGAAAAGAAGUUGCUGAUGAAAGCCGAAAUGGAAACUCAGAUAGAUGUUACUAACAAGUGGAAAAACAUGGUGACUUCGUCUAAUAAGACCAAAGGAAUAUGUUAAUUCUACGUUAACAUAUACUCCUCAUUUUUGGUAAUUUAAUUUCUGAAUCAGUAAGUUUGUUUUGAGAGAGUUCGGGAUGAUCCAUUUUGAGGAGUUUUUCUUUUCUUUUUUUUAGUUAUUCAAACCAUUUUGAGGAGUUUAUUAUUUUGAUUUGAUGUAUUUGAUUUUCACUGUCAAAGGUGACAUCUUAUAUAUGAUGAAUGUUUUCAAAUACUUUUACUGCAAUAGAAGGGUUA